AUGGGCCUGAGUCACUCUAAGCCUCACCCAAGGGUGACCAAGGUAGUACCUUUGCAAAACAAAGAGGAAGAGACUCCCUUGGCUGGCCCUGUGGACUUUGCAUUCACUCAGAAUCUGGAAGAAAACAGUUUAUAUUCAUUUGCAAGACGGCAGGACCAGAAUAAAGCUUUAGAAGGGCAGUUGCCGCCUCUACGAGAGACCUGGUAUGGAAGAUAUUCUGAAGGGCCGAGGGCCAUGUAUUUUGAUUUCCCAUUGGAACAGCAAGAAACAAGUAUUAUUAAAAGGCAUCCACCCCGAAGACUUCAAAAACUUGAACCCAUUGACCUGCCACAAGUAAUUACUUCUGAAAGGCUCCUGAACCAGCAAGAAGCCAGGAGGACUCACAAAGCAAAGCAGGAACUGGAAAAGAAGAUGCAGACUCUAAUGUAUCCUUUUGGGAAAAGACAAUAUUUACAUAAGAUGCAAAUGCUGGAAAUGAACCGUAAAAGACAAGAGGCCCAAGUUGAACUGAAGAAAAGUCUUCACAAGGAGGCAAGAACUAGUAAGCAGAAACAGAGGGACCAUAAAGCCGAGAAAAUCCUUCAAAGUGUCCCAGGAAAUGAUGAUGGUGACUUUCUAACCUUAUUGCCUGAUGAAACCUUGAACAGAAGUCUAGGAAAUACACAGAAUGCAGAAUUUCUGGAACAUCAAGCAAGGAAUGACCACUGUCACAGGAAAAUUGGCAAAAUGGAAACAUGGCUCCGUGAACAGGAGGUCCGGGGAGAGCUUCUCUGGGACAGCUCCAGCUCUGACUCAGAUGAGUCAGGGAAAGUAGAGGAAAAAAAAAGAGCACUGGUGAGGACCAGGACAGAGAGAAUCCAAUAUUUUGAUGAGUUUUUUGAUUAAGAAUAAUAAUAUUUAAUACUAUUCACCAAUCUAGUUACUGAAUGUAUUGGAAGCUUUCUUGCCUUUAAAAAUUCCUCAAGGUAGUAUAUGAAUUAUUCUGAGAACACCAAUUCACUUUCUUUUCAUUUGAAAUCCUAAGAUUAAAGGUGUGAGAUAUAUUAAUAUAUUAGUACCAUAUAACCCACUGCCUCAAAACUAGGGACUUAACUAGCAGCCACUUACUCUCCCACUUUUCUGUGGGUUGCUGGGCUCGGUUGGGUGGUUCUUCUGUUGGUCUCUCUUGAAGCCUUUCAUGCAAUGGAUGGCAGGUAGGACUGGAGUCAUCUGGAAACUCAAUAAGGACACUGACACAGCUGGAGUUCGCCCCCCACUCCGUAUCAUUCCAGAGCCUCCUUACAUGGAUUUCCCAAGUGCUCUCUCCUGAGGGUAGUGAAUUUGCUUUUACGUCAGCCCAGGGCUCCCAAAAGCAGAUGUUCCGAGAGGAGGGAGAGAAAGCUGCCAAUCUUAACUCUAAUCUGAUCACAGACGCCACACUCUGUUAGCUACUGCAAGUCAUAGGUCAGGUCACAGGCAAUGAAAAAGGGGCUAUGCAGGGCAGCGAUUCCAAAGUGUGGUCUAUUGGGGUACACCUUUGAGACAUGGUACCCCACCAUAUCUUUAAAAGCAAAUCAUAUCUUCUAAAACAAACAGAUGAGAGAGUAGAUUUGAUAGAAAUAAAAAUGACUUUCUAAAGAAAAUCACAAGAUGCUGCAUUAGACACUAAGCUCUUUUAAGUCACUUUCUUGUGAGUUAUAAACUUUUUAAUCUCAUAACAAAGAGGCUAUAGGAAAAAUGUAAAGUUAUGAAAUUAGAUGCUUGCUCCUUGGACAGAAAAGCUAUGACAAACCGAGACAGCAUAUUAAAAAGCAGAGAUAUCACUUUGCUGACAAAGGUCCAUAUAGUCAAAGCUAUGGUUUUUUCCAGUAGUUAUGUAUGGAUGUGAGAGCGGUACCAUAAAAAAGGCUGUGUGCCAAAGAAUUGACGCUUUCAAACUGUGGUGCUGGAGAAGACUCUUGAGAGUCCCUUGGACUGCAAGGAGAUCAAACCAGUCAAUCCUGAAGGAAGUCAACCCUGAAUAUUCAAUGGAAGGACUGAUGCUGAAACUCCAAUACUUUGGCCACCUGAUGCGAAGAGCCGACUCAUUGUAAAAGGCCCUGAUGCUGGGAAAGAUUGAAGGCAAAAGGAGAAGGGGGUGGCAGAGGAUGAGAUGGUUAGAUAGCAUCAUGGACUCAGUGGACAUGAAUCUGAGCAAACUCUGGAGGUAGUGAAGGACAGAGGAGCUUGGCAUGCUGCAGCCCAUGGGGUAGCAAAGAAUUGGACACAACUUAGCAACUGAACAACAAUAAAAAAAAUGUUAAGUGUGGAAAGUCAUUGUGAAUUAAAGCUCAAAAUUAAAUGAAGAUCUCUUAGAUUAUGAU